AUGGCUCCUGGUCGAACAGACGACGAGACGGCUGAGGUCUCUACCUCUUCCAAGGCAAUUUCGAAUUAUGGGCUGAACACAAAGUGGCCGGAGGCCUACGAUCUCGCUGGAUCCAAUCUACCAUGUCGUCUGGAGGGUGAAAUUGGCGACCUGGUAGUCCUGGGAGAAAUCCCAAAGGAGAUCGAUGGGACCUUUUACCGAGUCAUGACGGACCCCUUCGUGCUGCCCCAUCCCAACAACGUUCCCCUUGAUGGCGACGGCAACAUUUCAGCAUUCCGUAUCAAAGACGGGAGAGUCGACAUGAAGAUGCGCUACGUCGAAACCGAGCGUUACAAGCUCGAGCGCAAAGCCAACAAGGCUUUGUUCGGCCUGUACCGCAACCCUUUCACGCAUCACCCAUGUGUUCGCGCCGCGGUAGAUUCCACGGCUAACACCAAUGUCGUGCUGUGGGCCGAUCACUUUCUCGCCCUGAAAGAAGGAGGUUUGCCCUAUUCUGUGGACCCGCAGACCUUGGAGACCAUCAAGUACGAUCCCUUUGGGCAAAUCAAGGCAAAGACGUUUACGGCUCAUCCCAAGAUCGAUCCGUACACGAAUGAGCUCGUAGUAUUCGGAUACGAGGCCAGAGGUCUCGCCUCGCUGGACAUUGUCAUGUACGCGCUGGACAGUCAGGGUGUGAAGCAUGACGAGCAGUGGAUCAAGUCGCCGUGGUGUGCACCGAUACACGACUGUGCCAUCACGCCAAACUGGAUCAUCCUGGCACUCUGGCCAUUCGAAGCCAGCGUGGAGCGAAUGAAGAAGGGAGGACAUCACUGGGCCUGGGACUAUGACCUUCCUGCCACCUUCAUUGUUGCUCCCCGUCGGAGUUCGACCAAGCUUCCACCUGGCUGGCAGCCGGGCGAGAGUCGGGUGUACUCAUGGAAGAACUGUAUGCUCAUUCACACGGGUGGUGCGUGGGAAAGCGAGGAUGGGGAGACGCUGUUCAUGGAAACGACUCGUGUGCACGACAAUGGGUUCCCAUUCUUUCCUACAAAUGAAGGGGUGUAUCCUGCUCCUGAUCCCAAGUCCGACUACGUCCGUUGGACUUUUGAUCUCUCCCAGCCCACAAACAGUAAGGUUCCAGAUCCGGAAAUAAUCCUCGACAUGCCCGCAGAAUUCCCUCGGCUUGAUGAGCGUUUCCUGUCGAAGCCUUACAACUACGUCUGGAUAAAUGUUUACAUUCACGAGGACCAGAACGGAGAUGGUCACACCAUUGUCGAUGGACUCAAUGGCCUAGCGAUGCACAACUCAAAGACGAAGGAAACCCAGUGCUUCAACGCCGGAACUGAGUCAUUCUGUCAGGAGCCGAUCUUCAUACCGCGAAGUGAUGACGCUCCGGAAGGAGACGGGUGGGUUAUGACCAUGGUCGAGCGCAGAGGUGCCAACAGAAACGAGAUCGUGGUACUGGACACGAAGAACUUUGAAAAGCCUAUUGCAGUCAUCCAGUUGCCAUUCCACGUCAAAGCACAGGUCCACGGAAAUUGGGUCGACCAGCGCCGGUUGAAGGUGUGGGAGAAGCUGGCGAGAGAUGCAGUGCCUCAACCCAUCAGCGGUCAAGGAGCAUUGGAGCCGUUGUAG